UUUCACAUUUACAAGUCCAACCACAGCUGCAGCGCUCUAUAACUGCACUACUCAUUGUGCACUGCAGAUUUACUCCACUCUGCUUCUUUAUUUACUUCACUAACUAUGAUGCUCGUGGCUCAAUCAGGUGGAUGGACUCUUUUCCUCAUGGCUGCUCUUAUUCCCAGUGUUCACCUCCAGGGGAACAACAACUCUAUCCAGCUUGAUUCUAGCUCUGACCUGAACACUGAGGCUCAAAUCUACCACUCUGUUGAGGAGAUCCCUCCAAAAGGUGUUCAGGUCCAGGGAAACAGCAACUCUGACCAGGCUGAGUCCGACUCCAAGGUGACCACUGAGGCUCAGAUCUACAACUCUGUUGAAGAGAUCCCUUUAAGAGUUGUUCAGGGGAACAGCAGCUCCAUCCAGCCUCUAUCUGACUCUGAGGAGUUUCCCUCUGACGCUCAGAUCUACUACCCGGUCCUUCAGCCCUCUGAGUCCGUCCCUCCUAUAGGGGUCUACACGCUAAAGACUCUUGCUGGGAUACCAUGCAUCAAAGCUAAGAUGGGAGUGGUGUUCAUUGUCAUCGAAAAGAAGACCAGUUACCUGAGCCUCGACCCGACCAGGGUCAGGGUCAACGGUUACUGCGGUAAAAAAACUGCUGUCCUCUGCCUCACUCUGCCAAACAACGCUGCCAGUCUGCAGUUCGUCUUCAAACAGAACAAGACUCUUUUCUCCGUCACCAAGCUGUUCGCUCAUUUGACUACUUUGCCUCCCAACCAUGGACGUCUAAAUAAGACUUACUCAGGUAUCACUCAGGAAGAGCUGUUCUCUACGGCUACAGGAAAGAGCUUCAAGUGCAAUUCUGAGAGUCUGUUCCUGAUGUCGUCUCAGCUGAACAUCAAACUGGUUCCUCUGCAGGUGCAGGCCUUCACGCUGAACAAAGGAGAGUUUGGAAAAGAUGUGGAGUGUUGGGCUGACUUUAACAAGCGAGUCAUCCCCAUCGUCAUCGGGGCCGUAGUGGUGUGUAUCAUUUUGAUCGUUGUGAUAACCUUCCUGGUCAUUAGAGACCGCCGGACAGAAGGUUACGAAAGCCUGUGAGAGAUCCUGUGAAACGUGAUGGAGAUGUAAUCCAGCUCAAAGAUGAUUUGAGAUCGUAUUUGUGACUGUUACAAAAACUUCCCUCCUACACUUGAAGUGAUGUUUUUCUCCUGCCUGGGGUUCUUCCAAAAAAUAAACAAAUGUCUGAGGUCAAAUAUUCUGAUGAUAAAUGCAAACGAUGCUGUUUAAAAAGAAUAAUUUUCAAAAGUUUUAUUUUCUAUCUCCCAUUCUCUUUGCAAUUAUAUUCAAUUAGCAUUUUGUUGGACGUGUUUGUUGAAACAAUCUGAUUUAUUUCAUGUUGAACAGUUAUUUAAAAAAAAGGGAAACAGGCUUUAUGUAAAUAAAUAAACCAGAUUUUAAUGGGAUUAUUUAUGGUAUUACCCUCAAACUCAGAUAGCCUGCAUACUGUAGAAUGAUCCCAGUUAAUUAGUUCAACUUGUUGCAGCGUCAUAAUUAAUUAGACUUAUCAAUCCGUUUUGCUUGGUUGUUGUAUGUUGUAGGCCGGGCGAUAUGGACCAAAACUCAUCUUGAUUAGCUGAAUGGCGAUACUCGAUAUAUAUGGAUAUGUAUUUUAUUAAC